AUGAGUUUUCUUUUGAGGGUUUUUAUGGUUUUAACUUUUGUAAAUGAUGUUUAUUUAUCAUUAAUAAAUAUCUUAGAUAGCAAUUUCAUACAGACUGGUAAUUUCGCUAUCUACUAGAGAAACACUCCUAUGAAUAUUUAAUUCUCCUCACCUUUUAAUUCUACUCCUAAUAUUAUAACUUCACUUAAUUUUUUGGACACUUAUAACAAAUAGGUUGAAUUAGACUUUCAAAUUUUCAUUACAAAUCAAAGCCCAACUGGUUUUUAAGUUACACUCCAAGCCUCUGAUUUUUCUUCUCUAGCAUAAGCAAAUUACUCCUACAUAGCUACAACAGCAUCAAAUAUUUAUUAAUUUAACACUACUAAUUAAACAUUUUUAUUAGAUAACAGCUAAGACUAAAACUAUAACAUUUAUACUACUAAAAUACCUUAUUCUUAAUAAAACCUUCUCUAAAAUUCGAAUAUGAAAGUUUUAAUCGUUGGAUUUAUGACUGGGUUUUAUGUAGAUUAUUUUACUAAUAUCUUAAGUGUUUCCUUUUAAAUAAGCUAACCAACCAAUGAUCCUAAUAAUUUUUUAAUAAAUUUAAAUGAAGAUCUCUCAGCAAAUGGGUAACUUAAUGAAGUUAGAUAUAAUUAUUUUGAGUUUUAUUAUCAAGAAAACAACUCUAUAAUGAUGAAAACAUACAAUGAUCAAACUUAUGAAUUUAUUUCUAGUACAUCUAACUGCUUGUAUAAUAAUUUAAUAUCAACUAGUUAUACAAAUAAUUUGAGCCCAAUAUGCAAGCAAGGAUUAUGUUGUUAAGAUCUCACAGUAGCAUAUGUUAGACUUUAAACAAUACCUAUUCCUAUAAAUACUAUGCAAUCUAAUAAAUUCAACUUUUAAUUCGGUUUUUCUAAAAUUUCAAUAGAUUUAAAUGCUUAAAAUGGAAGAUUAUUAAUCAUUGACUUUUAUUUUAAAUAAUAAAAUGGCAACAAUGGAAUGUAUAUAACUUAUAGAACUUGGGAAGGUUCAAAAAUAUUAGGAGCUACUUCUACUAUUAUUGAAUACUAUAAUUUAUCUUGUCCUACUGGAUAUUUUUAUUCAUUUACUGUUAAAGAUUGUGUAUAAACCUGUGAAAGUUAAACUUAUUCAGAAUAAAAUUCCUUAAAUAGUAGUCUUUUACCUUCAUGUAAUCCAUGUAAUUCGAGUUGUUUAUAAUGCUCUGGCCCUCUAUCCACUAACUGUAAAAGCUGUCCAUCUUCCCUCCCUUUCUAUGUUGUAUAAAAUAAUUAAUGUCAGUCAGUAUAACCGGUUACUGGUUAUAUUUGUUAGCAAAGUACAGAUAUAUCUUUGCCUUAUUAAUAAAACUGUUAUUCUUGUGACUCUACAUGUUUAACUUGUUCAGGAACACUUUCAACUAAUUGUCUUAGUUGUUCUUAAUCUUUUCCUUAUUUUGUUACUUCCACUAAUUAGUGCCUUUCAUCUCCAUAAAGUAAUUUCUAUUGCUAGCAAAAUACAACUACUCCUACUUAUCAAUUCACUUGCUAAACUUGUGAUCAAAACUGUUAAACUUGUUUUGGUCCUUUAUCUAAUAAUUGUUAAAGCUGUCCUCCUAAUCUACCAUUUUUUAAUACUUAAACAAAUGAAUGUCUUCUUUAAGCUCCAGCUACUGGGUAUUAUUGUUAAAAUAGCACUGGCACAACUUAAACAUACCAAUAAAAUUGUUAUCCUUGUGAUCCUAGUUGCUUUUAAUGCUCAGGACCACUUUCUACAAAUUGUUUAAGUUGUGCUACUUCUUUUCCUUUCUAUAAUCUAUCAACCAAUUCUUGCUUAGCAUCAGCUCCUAAUUAAGGUUAUUUUUGUCAGUAAAGCUAAAAUACAAGCUUACCUUAUUAAUAAAAUUGCUCACCUUGUGAUUCUACUUGCUUAACUUGCUCAGGUAGUCUCCAAAAUAAUUGCAUCAGUUGCACAAGUUAGUUUCCUUAUUUCAAUAUUUAAACUAAUUCUUGUCUUUCAAAUAUUCCAAGUUCAGGCUUUUAUUGCAUAUAAAAUUAAACUAAUCCCACUUAUUAGUUUAAUUGUAAUAAUUGUCAUGUAAAUUGUUUAAGCUGUACAGGCCCAUAGUCUAAUAAUUGCUUGAGCUGUUAUCCUUAUCUACUUUUUUUUAAUACCAAAUCUAAUGAAUGCCUAGUAUAAGCACCCGCAUCAGGAUAUUAUUGUUAAAGUAGCUCUAGCGCAUCGCCAUGGUAUCAAUAGGACUGCUAUCCGUGUGAUCAAAGUUGCUUAUAGUGCUCAGGUCCUCUUUCUACAAAUUGCUUAAGCUGCACUACUAUUUUCCCUUUUUACAAUUUAUCAAAUAAUUCUUGCUUAGUUUAAGCACCUAAUUCAGGUUGCUUUUGCACAAAAAACUCAAAUAUCAAUUUGUCUUACCAACAAAAUUGCUAUCCUUGUGAUGUAAACUGUCAAAAUUGUAAAGGACCUCUUACCACUGACUGCACAGCAUGUUCGCAAUCAUAUCCUUAUUACAACACUCUCACAAAUACUUGUAUUUCGUAAGAACCUUCUGGCUUCAUUUGUUAAUAAUCUCCUAGUAACUAUCCUUCAUACUAAUCAAAUUGUUAUCCUUGUAACGAUAAUAAUUGCCUUAUAUGCACAGAUGUUAUGCCAAACUCCUGCAUACAGUGCUAAUCAAAUACUUAUUUGUAUAAUAAAAGCUGCUCGUUAACAAAACCUUCUCCAGCAUUUUGUGAUAGCAAUAAUAAUUGUCAAGAUUGCACAAUUUAAUUCUGUCUCAACUGUGAUUAAGGGCCUUAGACUUGUAGUUUAUGCCCUCCUUCAUUUUAUAUAGAUCCAAAUUCAAACUAAUGCAAAUGCCCUUAUGCUUCUUACUUAGAUUCAACCAAUAAUAAUUAUCAGUGUUUAUCAUGUCCUGUAAAUUGUGCAUUAUGUGUAAAUAGCACGACUUGCUAAUAAUGUGCUUCAAAUUCAUCACCAGAUCCUUUAUAUCCAGGAAAUUGUAUUUUGAAUUGCUAGUCAGGAUAAUUUUAUGAUAGAUAAACACAAAGCUGUUAAUAAUGUGCUCCAACAUGCCUUACUUGCUUUGGGUCUUAUAAUAAUUGUUUAUCUUGUAAAACUGGAGCUUAAACUCUUUUUAAUUAAAUUAAUAAAAUAAAUGAAUGCGUUUGUAUAGAUUAAAAAGAUACAUUGAGCGAAAUAACUGGAAUAUGUUAGUAAUGUUCUGAUCCCAUGUGUCUCUGA